AUGGUUACCGGGGUGAGAAUCUUCUCCUCUUUGCUGGGACUCGUGAUGCUCUGGUUCCCCUUGGACUCGCAAGCCCGAGCCCGCCCAGGCAAAGUCUGCCUUUUCGGUGAGAAGAUAUAUACCCCUGGCCAGAGCUGGCACCCCUACCUGGAACCACAAGGCACGAUAUACUGUGUGCGAUGUACCUGCACAGAGAGCGGCCACGUGAAUUGUUACCGCCUCCGCUGCCCGCCCCUCCGCUGCUCACAACCUGUGGUGGAGCCACAGCAGUGCUGCCCCAGGUGUGUGGAUCCUCAUGUUCCCUCUGGGCUUCGGGUUCCCCUAAAGUCCUGCCGGCUCAAUGAGACCACAUACCAACACGGAGAGAUCUUCAGUGCGCAGGAGCUGGUCCCCACCCGCCUGUCCAGCCAGUGUGUCCUCUGUAGCUGUAUUGAAGGACACACCUACUGCGGUCUCAUGACCUGCCCUGAACCUGGCUGCCCCACUCCACUCCCUCUGCCUGACUCCUGCUGUCAGACCCGCAAAGGUGAGUGUCACAGUGAGCUUUGUCAACUUGAUACAGUGAUGGCUUGGCAUGGAUGUCCCAGAAAGCAGGACCCAUGCGAUCUGCACUCGGAGGAGGGAAAGAGGGGAGUCCCCAGCACUCCAGCACCGACAAGCCUCAGUUUCCCUCUGGGCUUCAUCCCUCGCUACUUCCGACCCAUGGGAACGGGUAGCACCACUGUCAAGAUUAUUCUGAAGGAGAAGCAUAAGAAAGCCUGCACCCACAACGGGAAGACAUACUCCCACGGGGAGGUGUGGCACCCUACUGUGCUCUCCUUCGGCCCCAUGCCCUGCAUCCUGUGCACCUGUGUGGAUGGCGAGCAGGACUGCCAUCGUGUGACCUGCCCCACCCAAUAUCCCUGCAGUCAGCCCAAGAAGAUGGCUGGGAAGUGCUGCAAGAUCUGCCCAGAUGAGGCAGAUGCCGACCACAGUGAGGUCAUUUCCACCAAGUGUCCCAAGGUGCCAGGCCAGGUGUCUGUGUACACGUUGGUCUCUCCAAGCCCAGACGGUCUGCACCGCUUUGUCCUGGAGCAUGAAGCCUCUGACCAGGUGGAGACCUACAUCUGGAAGCUAGUAAAAGGAAUCUUCCACUUGGUUCAAAUCAAGAGAGUCAGGAAGCAAGAUUUCCAGAAAGAAGCUCAGAACUUCCGGUUACUCACUGGCACCCAUGAAGGUUACUGGACCAUCUUCCUAGCCCAGACUCCAGAGCUGAAAGUCACAGCCAGCCCAGACAAAGCGACCAAGACAUUAUAACCAGGACCUAAACAGUUGC